GCAGGCUGGAUGAACUGAGGGUGGGGGAUGGGUGAGCGCUCUGCAAUCCCUUCAGCGAUUGGUCAGCACUCAGAUUCGAAGUAACAACACGCACUCUGAUUGGCUGCCCGCUCUCCCACGAGGGGUCUCAUGCAAAAGAUCUCCGAAGGGGUUUAUUGUUUCUUUGCUUUCGGGAGCCGAAAUUGUUUGCUAUCUAACUCAGUUCCACAAUCAAAUACGAGGACGGAAACAUGGCUGGUGGCAAGGCAGGAAAAGACAGCGGCAAAGCCAAAGCAAAGGCAGUGUCGCGUUCCCAGAGAGCUGGGCUGCAGUUCCCAGUGGGUCGUAUCCACAGGCACUUGAAGACCCGCACAACCAGCCACGGUCGUGUAGGAGCCACAGCAGCCGUGUACAGUGCUGCUAUCCUCGAGUACCUCACCGCUGAAGUACUAGAGUUGGCGGGAAACGCCUCCAAAGACUUGAAGGUGAAGCGUAUCACUCCCCGUCACUUGCAGCUUGCCAUCCGUGGUGACGAAGAGUUGGACUCUCUUAUCAAGGCAACAAUUGCUGGAGGAGGUGUCAUUCCCCACAUCCACAAAUCCCUCAUCGGGAAGAAGGGCCAGCAGAAAACUGCAUAAACGCCAUGUUGACCAGAAGUUUCGGGGCUUGGGCUUUGAUCGGACCAGGAGUUCACAUUUGUUCUUUUUUAUCAUUAAUAUUAUAGCAACAAAGAGUGAUUGUUAGAUUUUGUGUUGUAAUAUUUUCCCAUAACUAGAAGAAGUACAGAAACCCCGUAAGGACAGAAAACCCUUUGUAUGUUAUUGUAGAACGUUUGCCUGGGGGAGUUUAUGAUUAUUUCAAAUGGUGACAGUGAAUUUGUUUGAUUGGCCUGGGUCUCUGUAAUGUUUUAUACUGAAAAAAGAAAUUGUUAAAACCUUUUUUAUAUAAAAAAAAAAAAGUUGUUUUGUGGUUAUUUUCUUGAACUUACAAUAUUUACUAUGACAGGUUUUUAAGGAGAUAAUAUUGUUUCUUUGAAAUUAGGUGACAACCGCUAAAUGUGAUAUGGUGCUUUUUUCCCUGUUGACUUACUGUAAUAUUUCAACUGCACAAGCAAAGUGGUGUAUUAAAGGUUACAUUUUUACAUCAAGAUGAUAAGAUCUUCUGAAGCAGUUUGUUGCUCAUGGUUUGUGUUUGUUCUUACCGGUUCAUAAAAUGUUAAGACUAUAAAUGAGAAAUGUACAUGUGAUCAGGGGACAGUUCAACUACAGUCUUUGCCUCACUGUGGAGCCAUAUGAGUUAACAUGAUAGGUGCUCUACACGUAUCAUAUCAACUAAAGAAGUCUGUCUUUUUUAAAGUAUGUAUUCAGGGAAAUGACUGCAUAUUUUAUCUUUCAAUAAAUACCAGUUACAUGUUA